UCAUUUCAGAGUAUGGCUCCGUGGCCUGAAUUAGAAGACACUAAUAAAUAUAUCGAAGAUCCCUGUUCCAAACAAGAUCAAAUUAUGACCCAAAAAGAGGACAAUAUUUCAAAAGGUGAGGCCGUUUCCUUAGGGAACCAGAUGGAGCUUUUGCCUGCGUACUCCACUGUUGCCUUGACAACUGAUCAAGAACCCGAGGAUGAAGUGGACCCUUGGGAUAUGCCCGUGCUGCAGAACACCGGGGUCAGGUGGUCAGAAUUGGAUGGGAAAGGCAAAGUUCUGUGUGUAUUCAAAAGCAUAGGGAAGUUUAUUCUCCUGCUUGGACUCCUCUACCUUUUUGUCUGCUCCUUGGAUGUUCUCAGCUCAGCUUUCCAGUUAGUAGGAGGUAAAGCUGCGGGAGACAUUUUCAAAGACGGUUCCGUGUUGUCCAACCCUGUCGCCGGCCUUGUGAUUGGUGUUCUGGUGACAGUGAUGGUCCAGAGUUCUAGCACCUCCACGUCCAUCAUCGUCAGCAUGGUGGCUUCUUCCUUAUUGAGCGUUCAACUUGCGAUUCCAAUCAUUAUGGGAGCAAAUAUUGGAACGUCGGUGACAAACACUAUCGUCGCACUCAUGCAAGCUGGAGAUAGGAAUGAAUUUAGAAGGGCCUUUGCCGGGGCUACAGUUCAUGAUUUCUUUAACUGGCUUUCAGUGUUUGUGCUGCUGCCCAUUGAAGUUGCCUCAGGUUACCUGUACCAUCUUACCAACGUCAUCGUCGAGUCUUUUCAUCUCGAAAGUGGAGAAAGUGCCCCUGAGCUGCUGAAAGUCAUCACUGAUCCUUUCACCAAACUUGUCAUCCAGCUUGAUAAAUCAGUGAUCAGUGCAAUUGCUAUAGGCGACAAAUCAGCGAGCAACAAAAGCCUGGUGAAAACUUGGUGCAAGACGAAAACGAGCCUGAUCGCACAGAACAUUACCGUCCCGUCACGUGAAAACUGCACAUCUCCAGACCUUUGCUGGACUGAUGGAAACUCAGCCUGGACUCUCAAAAAUUAUUCCAACACAGAAUAUAUUAAAAAAUGUGAUCAUCUUUUUGCAGGAACAUCCCUUUAUGAUUCAGCUGUCGGCAUCAUCCUGCUUGCAUUAUCCUUGCUCGUUCUGUGCACUUGUUUGAUACUGAUAGUCAAGUUGCUGAAUUCUGUACUGAAAGGACAAGUGGCCCGUGUUAUCAAGAAGACGCUCAACACUGAUUUCCCAUUUCCGUUUUCUUGGCUCACGGGCUACUUGGCUAUGCUAGUGGGAGCUGGCAUGACCUUUAUUGUUCAGAGCAGUUCAGUGUUUACAUCGGCGAUUACUCCACUUGUUGGAAUUGGUGUCAUAAGCAUCGAGCGUGCAUACCCCCUUACUCUGGGAUCCAACAUCGGCACCACGACAACGGCAAUUCUUGCUGCUUUAGCUAGUCCAGGAAGCAGAUUAAAAUAUUCUUUACAGAUUGCUCUGUGCCACUUCUUCUUCAAUAUUUCCGGGAUUAUCCUUUGGUACCCAAUCCCUUUCAUGCGCCUCCCAAUACGCUUGUCCAAAGGCCUGGGGAACAUAACAGCCAAGUACAGAUGGUUUGCCAUUUUCUAUCUCCUUCUCUGUUUCCUCCUCAUUCCUUUAGUCGUCUUUGGCCUGUCGAUAGCCGGCUGGCCGUACCUGGUGGGCGUCUGCGUCCCCAUCUUGGCUCUCUUGGUUGUGGUGAUCGUUAUCAACGUUUUGCAAGCCAAAUGGCCGCACUUGCUGCCUCAGAAGCUCCGAAACUGGGACUUCCUCCCCAGAUGGAUGCACUCCUUGCAGCCUUGUGAUAACGUCAUCACUUCCAUGACAUCUGCUUGUGGGAGAUACUGCUGCUGCUGCUGCAAAUGUUGUCAAGGAAAGAACGCCGACCAAGAAGCAAAAGAAAAGCCAACCAAAGCCCCGGAAGGGCAUGACAACCCUGUUUCGUUAGCAGACGAAGAGAACGACCAUUCGGCGGAUAAAACUAAGCCAAUAGAAUUGAGUAUCACAGCUUUAUAA